AACAACGCGAAAUCGGGGAGGUCUUUUCGCGCGUCCGCGUUGUGGUGGCUUUGCGGAAAGACGCCGACGAGAUGGGCUGGAAGAGCGGCUGGUGCUGCUGCGGAGUCCGGAGCGGAGGGGACCUUCUGUGCCUGCUGACCCUCUGGCUGGGCUUCUUGCUCCCCGCCUGCAGGACUCGCUUGUACACCAACCACUGGGCGGUGCGGAUAACCGGCGGGAACCAAGAAGCCAACAGGAUAGCUAGCAAGUACGGCUACAUCAAUAUAGGACAGAUUGGAGCACUGAAGGAUUACUACCACUUCUACCAUAGUAAAACGAUUAAAAGGUCAGUUCUCUCAAGUAGAGGUACUCACAGCUUCAUUUCAAUGGAACCAAAGGUGGAAUGGAUAGAACAGCAGGUUGUAAAAAUAAGGAUAAAGAGGGAUUACAAAUCUGGUGGCAUCCAACCCGUGUAUUUUAAUGAUCCCAAAUGGCAAAGUAUGUGGUACAUGCACUGCAGCGAUAAUAUAAACCUCUGUCAGUCAGAUAUGAAUAUUGUAGGUGCCUGGAGGAGAGGCUACACUGGGAAGAAUAUUGUGAUCACCAUAUUGGAUGAUGGCAUUGAACGAAACCACCCAGACUUGAUGCAGAAUUAUGACCCAGAUGCCAGUUUUGAUGUCAAUGGUAAUGAUAUUGACCCCAUGCCUCGUUAUGAUGCCAGCAAUGAAAACAAGCAUGGAACCCGUUGUGCUGGAGAAGUAGCAGCUACUGCAAACAACUCACACUGUAUAGUUGGAAUUGCAUAUAAUGCCAGAAUCGGAGGAGUACGGAUGCUAGAUGGUGAUGUUACAGACAUGGUAGAAGCAAAAUCACUUAGCCUCAAUCCCCAGCACAUACACAUCUACAGUGCUAGCUGGGGUCCUGAUGAUGAUGGGAAGACAGUUGAUGGACCUGCUUCUUUAACGCGCCAGGCCUUUGAGAAUGGCGUCAGAACGGGCCGAAACAGCUUGGGUUCCAUUUAUGUUUGGGCUUCUGGAAAUGGUGGAAGGAGUAAGGACCAUUGUUCCUGUGAUGGCUACACCAAUAGCAUCUACACGAUCUCCAUCAGCAGCACAGCUGAAAGUGGGCGGAAACCUUGGUAUCUGGAAGAAUGUGCAUCUACCCUUGCCACAACUUACAGCAGCGGAGAAUCCUAUGACAGGAAAAUAAUCACUACAGACUUGAGGCAGCGUUGCACAGACAGCCACACGGGAACAUCAGCAUCGGCACCUAUGGCUGCAGGAAUCAUUGCACUGGCCCUGGAAGCAAAUCGACUACUGACCUGGAGAGAUAUACAGCAUAUCAUUGUAAGGACUUCACGGGCAGGGCAUCUGAUUGCUAAUGACUGGAAAACCAACGGGGCUGGUUACAAGGUUAGCCACCUAUAUGGAUUUGGAUUGAUGGAUGCUGAAGCCAUGGUGGUAGAAGCAGAAAAGUGGACAACAGUCCCUCCACAGCAUGUGUGUGUUGAAAAUACAGAUCGGCAAAUCAAAACAAUACGACCAGAUAAUAUUCGUAAUGGACCAGAUAAUGGUGUCCGUUCAAUAUACAAAGCGACAGGCUGCGCAGAUAAUGCCAAUCACCAUGUCAUCUACCUGGAACAUGUCGUUGUGCGCAUCACCGUCACACAUCCCCGGAGAGGUGACCUGGCAAUUUAUUUGACUUCUCCUUCUGGAACAAAAUCUCAGCUAUUGGCUAACAGGUUAUUUGACCAUUCCAUGGAAGGGUUUAAAAGCUGGGAGUUUAUGACUACUCAUUGCUGGGGUGAGAAAGCAGCUGGUGACUGGAUUUUGGAAAUUUAUGAUACCCCGUCACAGCUAAGAAAUGUCAAGACUCCAGGUAAAUUGAAGGAAUGGUCCUUAGUACUUUAUGGUACUUCUGUUCAGCCUUAUUCCCCAAGAAAUGAUUUCCCAAAAGCCGAACGAGUACGCUCAAGUCCAAUAGAAGACCCUACAGAAGAUUAUGGGGCAGAUGACUAUGCAGGUCCAUGCAAUGCAGAGUGCAGCAAAGUAGGAUGUGGUGGCCCAGGACCAGACCACUGCAAUGACUGUCUACACUACUACUACAAAUCUAAGAACAACACGCGAAUCUGUGUUCCCAACUGUCCUCCUGGUCACUACAGCGCCGACAAGAAACGCUGUAAAAAGUGCUCACCCAACUGUGAAACAUGUUUUGGAAGCCACAGUGAUCAAUGUAAUACCUGUAAACCUGGUUACUAUAUCAAUGAAGAGUCCAGGAAUUGUGUUACCAGCUGUCCAGAUGGGUUUUACCUGGAUAAUAAUAAGAUUGUAUGCCGUAAAUGCAGUGAAAACUGUAAGACAUGCACUGAAUUUCAAACCUGCACAGAAUGCAGACAUGGCCUAAGUUUACAAGGAUCCAGGUGUGUUAUCCGCUGCGAAACAGGAAAAUAUUACAACGGCAGGGACUGUGAGCCAUGCCACCAUUCCUGUGCUUCUUGUGCAGGUCCAGGAGCAGAUGCUUGCAUAAAUUGCACCGAAGAGUAUCUUAUGGAGAAUGGAAGGUGUGUGCUGGCUUGUAACAAUGGCUACUACUUUGAUCACUCGCUAGAAAAUGGAUACAAAACUUGCAAAAGAUGUGAUGCCAGCUGUUUUGGAUGCAGUGGUCCAGGAGAGAAAAACUGUACAAGUUGUCCAAAUGGCUAUAUCUUAGAAACAGGUCUCUGCACAGUUGGUCUAGUCUGUAAAGAUGGGGAAUAUAUCGACCCUCUUGGUCACUGUCAGUUCUGUGAUGAUUCCUGUCCUAAGUGCCCAGAACCAACGUCAGAGAACUGCACUGGAUGUACUUCCGCAAGUUCUUUGAAUGAUGGGCGCUGUGUUCUUCAGUGCCCUAAAGGGAAAUAUGAAUUUGAAAGUCAGUGUCAUUCGUGCCAUCAGACCUGCAUGGAAUGCAGUGGAGGCGAACCCAACCAAUGCUCUGCUUGUGGAAAAGAUAAGAAAGGCAACGCACGCUUCCUGUACCUGGGAGAUUGCAGAGAAAGUUGCCCCCUGGGCCACUAUUCUUCAGAGGAAGAGAACACCUGCCUGCCCUGCUUUGAGCACUGUGAAGUUUGCCCUGAUCAAACCAUGUGCGAAAGAUGCUUUGAUGGAUACUACCUGGCUGGUAAUAGCUGCCAGAAGCACAAAUGUAGAAAAGGUGAAGCAGAGGAACUUGACUCGGAAGACUGCAUUCCUUGUGUAGAUGGAUGCCUCUCCUGCAGCCUGGAUGACCCAAGAGCCUGCACAUCAUGCAUUCAUAAUUAUUACAUGUACAAGCAGCAUUGCUAUAGAACUUGUCCUCAGAAUACGUACAACGAUGAAAAGUCUCUCCUUUGCAUAGAGUGUCAACCAAACUGCAGAAGCUGCGACAAAUAUGAGUGUUACUGGUGUAAAGAAGGGUUUUUUCUUCUAGAUGGGAAAUGUGUGAGUGAUUGUGGAGCUGGUUACUACAGCGAUGAGGUCACAGAAGAAUGUGAGCCAUGCCACCGGACCUGUGCAACAUGCAAAGGGUUCGACUCCAGCGACUGUACUAGCUGCAAAGGAAUUUUACAGUUACUCCAUGGAAAGUGUGUGAACCUCAAAAGAAAGCAAGUAAAUAGGAAAUUCUGGAAUGAGAGACUGAAACUGCCUACCUCAAAUGGCUUGGGCUCUGCAGACCUGAAAGACCUCUUCCCUUAUGUCCCUUCACGGUCCUUACGGUCAGCCGAGAACGAUCUCUUGUUGGUACCAUCCGUGCACCAAAUCCGGACGGAAAGGGCACUUAAAGAGGCGUUCUCGGUGGCUGCUCCACAGUUGUGGAAGUCCUUUCCCCUGGAGGUUCGCCAAAACCCAAUUGUCUGGAAACGAUCAACAACUACUCAGUUUGAGCUAUGUGGUCCUUCAUGCCAAACCUGUGAGAAAACUCCCAGCACAUGCACUUCAUGUCCCCAAGGGAGAUUUCUUUUUGGCAAGUCUUGUAUCCACACUUGCCCACGAGGAACUUUUGGAAAUGUGAAGACAAGACGUUGUGAGUGUCACUCCGAUGCAGACAUACCACGCUAUUUGCACAAAGGCAAAUGCUUGCAGGAGUGUCCCAAGGGCUUUUUCACUAAAGACGGGGCCUGCAGAGAGUGCGACAGACCUUGUAAUACGUGUGAAGGAAAUGCCACCAGAUGUCUGUCCUGUGAAAGUCCUUUUCUCCUAGAACAAACAGAAUGUAAACCUGCCUGCUCAGAGAAGCACUUUGCUGAUGAUGGCAUUUGUAGAGAUUGCCCGGAGAUGUGUCAGGAAUGCAUUAGCAAGAGCUCAUGUAAAGGUACUGCAGAGAAUCAGCAGUAUGGCACUGACCCAGGUCGUUAAA